AUGAGUUUGUCAGAUUUGAAGAACAGCAUCUUGGAGAAGCUUGGCGUGUUGGGUAGCAAGAGUUUUCCGGAGAUCAGAAUCCAUGAGUUGUUCGCGAAGUUGGAGGUUGGUGUCGAUAGUUCUGGGGCAUCCGCUCCAGUUCCUAGCCCAGCUGCCACGGGUGGUGCAUCUAGUUCGAUGCCUGCGGUCAGACCGUAUCUUCCGCCGGUUCAAUCACCUUCGUUUGCAGCUGAUUUAGACCGAACAGAGGUUGUUGGUUCUGUACCUUUGGAGAAUGCAGCAGUCAUUGAGCCUCCCUACAUUGUGGGCACCGGUGGUGGCCUGUUACCUUAUAUCAAAGACAUUGGUGGACCUGAUCAAGUAGAAAAUGCAAUGCGUGAUGAUGAGUCUGACCAGGAGCCUGUUGAUAUCGUAGGUGACAACGACGAUGACACAGAUGGCGAUCCACAUGCGCAGCAUCGGCCUUCAAGUUCUGCUUCUCAUCAGUAUCCUCCACACUUCUCCACACUAAACUUGGAUGCUCUUGGUCAACAGGAAGACGGUGGUAACACAAGUAAAGAUGAAGCUGUGCUGAGUGUCAAGGACUAUAGCAUCCGGCGAGGUGUUGAGUACAGAGUCAUCGAAUCAGAUCAUUUGAAGUAUCAUAGAAAAUGUAAGGAAUUCGGCAAGGGUUGUAGUUGGUUGAUUCGUGUAGCGCUUCGUGCACGAAAGGGCACUUGGGAGGUUAGGAGGUACAACGGGCCACACACAUGCCUCGCAACUUCUAUUUCAAGUGAUCACCGUCAGUUGGAUUACCACGUUAUCUGUGCGAGGAUUCUUGCUAUGGUUAGGGCAGAUGCUGCGGUUACGGUAAAGGUACUUCAACAAGCGACAGAAGCCGAUUACGGUUUCAGGCCUAGUUACAGGAAAGUUUGGAUGGCUAAGCAGAAGGCAGUGGCACAAAUAUAUGGAGAUUGGGAAGAGUCUUACGCGGAGUUGCCACGUUGGAUGCUAGGGGUCCAGGCGACAAUGCCGGGAACAAUCACGGUGCUGAAGACGUCUCCUGUUCGGAUUGGUAGUGGGGUUGAUGAGUCAACGGUGUACUUUCACCGGCUUUUCUGGACAUUUCCACCCUGUAUCGAGGCAUUCCGGCAUUGCAAGCCCCUCGUCAGUAUUGAUGGUACCCACUUGUAUGGGAAGUAUGGAGGGACGCUGCUGUUGGCGAUAGCUCAGGACGGGAACUCGAACAUCCUCCCGAUAGCAUUUGCCCUUGUGGAGGGCGAAAAUGCAGAGUCGUGGCAUAAUGGGAUCAAGGCAGCGCUUGAGGCACCUGAGACUGGGUGGCUGCCUCCUCGGGCUUUUCGGGCCUACUGUAUUAGGCAUGUGGCUGCGAAUUUCGCCCUAACGUUCAAAGGUAAGGACUCAAGGAAGAUGUUGGUGAAUGCUGCCUACGCAAAGACUGAGGCUGAGUUUUAUUACUGGUUUGACAUCAUGCGGACUGAGAAUCCAGCAAUGUGUGACUGGGCCAACCGGAUGGAGUAUGACAAGUGGACCCAACAUGAGAACGCUGGUCGACGGUUCGGGCACAUGACCACAAACAUCAGUGAAUGUGUGAACUCCGUGCUAAAGGGAACUCGCAACCUACCGGUCACAUCGUUGGUUAAGUCAACUUACGGGAGGCUUGCUCAGCUAUUUGUGGUACGGGGACAGACAGCAGAGGCACAACUCGGAUCUGGGCAUGAAUUCUGUCAGGCAUUGGUCAAGGCUAUUGAUCGGAACCUAAGAGACUCUAGGUGCUUCACUGUGACAUUAUACGACAGGCAUUAG